UCGGGCUCCUUCCGGCGUGGACGGCCAAUAUGGCCGGAGAAGAGCUCCGUCGGCUCUGUAGCGAAGGUGGGUGGACAUACGGCGCACUCUGGUGCAACGAUUGCAGUGAUCCACGGAUGCUUGUGUUGGAGGAAAGUUACCAUGAAGAACAGAGUGGGAAGAUUUUUGAGAAGGUGGUGAAUCAGGUCCAUGUGAUUGGGCAAGGAACCAUUGGAGAAGUAGCCAUAAGUGGAAACCACCGGUGGAUAAUUUUUGAUACAAUUUGUAUGGAAUCAAGUGAGACGAGCUCUACUAACAAUCCAGUCAUAUUCCAGGGUAGGGCUGAGUGGCAAGAUCAGAUUUUGGCUGGAAUAAAGACAAUAGCAGUGAUUCCUCUGCCCUCAUUAGGAGUGCUUCAAGUUGGUUCCACCAGAAAGUUUCCUAAUUAUAUCCUGAAUUAUCUUAUUUUCGUGUUCCAGAUCGGCGAAAGUUCAGACUUCAUUGCACAAGCUCAGCAUUUGUUCUGGCAGUUUCGAAUCAAGCAACGUCGAUGUCUUCUUGAAGAUAUGAACUUUUCUCAUCCACAAACCACAUUUGAUUCUGUAAUUUCUCCUCGGGAUUACUCACAUGAUAGUAUAUGCGAACAAAGACAGGACAAUCAUUUAUCUUCAGAAUUUGCAUCACUGGCCUCAGGACUUCUGUCCAGUUCUCAAACAAGCAGCCUGAAGCCCCAUGCUUUUUCAAUGCCUGAAUCCAUUUCAUCAGGCCCUUUUAAUGGUCACAGAAAUCUCUGCAAUGGUAUACCUUCCUUCAGUAGUACCUCACAUCAAGUGAUAGAUCAACAAGGAACUUCUACAAAAGUCCCAAUAUUGUUGCCACCCAGCAACUGGGAACAACACUCAAAUUUCAAAUCGAACAUGUGGGCUGAAGAUAUUGAUUCUUCCUCUUAUAUGGAGAAUAAUCUCUUCCCUACCAUGGCCAUACCAGGAGUUUUCAACGUGAUUCCAACAACUUUACAUUCUUCUAUUCCCCACUCAAAUGCGUUUCAUUUUCUCAGUAAGAAUUCAGUUUUGUCACAUAGCAAAGUUGGUUCAAAGCCGAUGGCGCACGUUAACAUGUCUUCCAAACACAGUGAACCCAGCCUUUCUGAUGCAGGGAUGUUGCUAGAACUCCAGCGUUGUUCUUCACCACCUGUUUCUGUCUGUGAUAUAUCUACUAGUAAAUACUCAUCCAAAGUUUUCCCAUUCACUGUAGAUCUUCCAGAAAAUUUCCUCCCUUCUCAAGACCGAAAUCCUGAAAAUUCUACUUUGACUCACUCUAUGAAUAAUCCAAUCUAUUCAUGCAAGCAAACAAAUGAUCAGUGCAAUGAUGGCCUUUCUGUUCCAUUUAUGUAUAGUUUUCCAGAUGUUCCUAUUGCGUCUUCGGGUAUGGCUGGAAAUGUUAGUAGAAUUGCUUGCUCCAUGACAGCUACUUUACCUACAACAGAAAUCCCUGCUGUUUGUGUUGCAUCCUCUCUGGAUCGAAAUUGCAAUUGGAAUGUUAGCGAGGAUCAGCUCGUUUCAGAGAAAGAUUUGUUCGAUGGCAUGGAAUUGAAUCUUAUCCCAAUGAUUUCAAGGCAAGAGUGCUGGGAUGAAAUUGCAUUGCCAGUUGUUAGCAAUGGUUGCACAGAUUUUAUAUCAGAAUUGGAAGUGAGCUCAGUUGCAGGUUCUGGUAAAGGGUUGCUUACAGAUUCUGGCAGUUUUGAACAGCUAUUGGAUGCUGUUGUUACUGGGAAUGCUAAUAUCUCUGUUGGCUGUAAUUCUGUAGCUAUAGAGAAGACAAUGCAAGGACCUCUAUUGGAUAAACAGUCAAAUUCAAAUUUUUACACUUGGAUUGAUGAUACUUGUAGUGUCAAUGCUGAAGGUUCUGCACUUCAUCAGCCCAAGAAGCUUGAGGAAUAUACCAAAGUAGUUAGAAAAAGAGCUAGACCUGGGGAAAGUGCUCGUCCAAGGCCUAAAGAUCGUCAACAAAUACAAGAUCGCGUAAAAGAGCUGAGAGAAAUUGUUCCUAAUGGUGCAAAGUGUAGUAUUGAUUCUUUGUUGGACCGUACGAUCAAGCAUAUGCUCUUCUUGCAAAGCGUAACGAAGUACAUGGACAAGCUCAAACAAGCAGAUGAGCCCAAGUUAAUUAGAGAAAAGAAUGGGGUUGUCCUAAAAGAUAAUACAAAUGGAGUAGGAGGUGCUACUUGGGCCUAUGAAGUAGCUGGGCAAACCAUGGCAUGUCCAAUAUUGGUUGAAGAUGUUUAUUCUUCAGGACAGAUGCUUGUUGAGAUGCUCUGUGAAGAGGGAGGAUUCUUUCUUGAGAUAGCAGAUGUUGUUCGUGGAUUUGGGUUAACCAUCUUGAAGGGAGAUAUGGAGAUACGUGAGAGAAAGGUCUGGGCAAGAUUUCUUGUGGAGGCAAACCGAGAUGUCACUAGAAUGGAUAUAUUUCUUUCUCUGGUACAGUUUCUGCAACAAGCAAGUAACUUUCAAGGCAACGAAUUGCAUAAUAGAGCCAUCUCAACUGGACUUAAUUCAUUGACUGCUUGCCAAUGACACGUAACAUGCCAACCACUGCAAUUAAUUGCCACCUUGAUGAAGAUUGCAGAGUUGAUGUUUAGUGAUUCCUUCUAUUAAGUAUCAAAUAUGAUCUUCUCAAGAGUUUUUUCUUAUUGAUUAAGGCUUCGUUUGGGAUGACUUUUUU